AUGUUGGUAUCGCCUGAGAACUUUGGAGUGGUUGAGCCGGGAAUAUACCGGUGUUCCAAGAUUGAAGUUGAGAAUUUUCAAUUUUUGGAAACUUUGAUUUUGAAAUCAAUAGUUAUUCUAGAUGCUGAAAAACCACCUAGACUCAUAUCUAACUUCAUUGAAUUGCACAAGAUUGAAUUGUACAGUUUGGGGGAUCUCAAAAUCUCAAAUCACCAUCAUACGGGGAUUUCAUCAAAGACGGAUUUGGAGGAUUACGAGCUAGAGAGCAGUAUUAAUAAUAGUAAUAAUAAUAAUAAUAAUAAUAAUAGUAGUAGUAGUAGCGGUAAUAGCAAUAAUAAUGGCGAUACAGGGUCUAGCUCAUCAAAGACAUCGUCGCAUUUCCCUAAUCAGGGCAUGCCUACUACAAAGAUACCGAUUGCUUCAUUUUCCUUGGCUCCAAGAACUACGCGAGAUCAAUGGAUGUUGAUUGAGAAAAACAUCAUUGUAAAGACGUUUGAAUUGAUGUUGAAUAAUAAACGACAUCCUAUAUUGAUAGUUGAUUCUACUGCUACAUUGAUUGGUAUUUUGCGAAAAAUCCAAAAGUGGAACUUUAAUCUGAUUUUGAAUGAGUAUAGAAUAUUUAACGGUACAUCAAACAAGAAUAAUUAUUUUGCUGAAACAUUUUUGGAAUUGAUUUCAGUGGAAUUGAUACCUUAUGAAAAUAGGAAAAGAAGCCCGUUUUCAAGUAGGAGAAAUAGUAUGGCGAGGUCUAGGCAUCUGAGCGGGCAAGCUCAAUUGCUACAGUUGCAGCGAAAUCUCGGAGCUCACUCUGCAGAUUGUAACGGAGAGGAACAGUUUGGAAAGAGGAUUUCAAGAGUUAGUAGUAGUGGAGAUUUAGGCCCAGACGGAGAUGCAGAAGAAGUCGCAAUUGCUGAAGAUAUUGAUGAUGCGGAUGCUAACAAGGAAGAAGACAAUGAAGAUGGCGAUGAUGACGAUGAUGACGACGAAUAUGAAGAUGAUGAAUAUGACAGCUUAGAUGAUAUGGACGAUAUGGAUGAUGAUUUACUUUCUGCUUCACCGCAGAUCCCCGAAAACUUGUUAAAAUUUGUUGAGCAACGAAGACACGAUAAGCAGCUGGUGAUAAUAAACGGCCAAAAUUCAGUGGACAAUGAUUCAGAAAAUGGGUUUAGUUCGUCGCCUAGAACGAUACAAAGUCCCAAUUUGACCAACAGCCUAGGACCGACAAGUCGAAACAAUAGCUUUACAAAUAAUGAAUCAUACUUAAACGUAGUUAGAGGAAUGGAUCGUCGUCGUUCAUCGGGAGAGAUAAUCAAGAAUAUAAAAUUUAGAAAUAAUGCUCAACAUAGACCAUCAUUAGAAAGCACUUCGCCUAUUCUUCUCAAACGCAAAAGUUCCAGGAGAAGUUCAUUCCUUGCCAGUGAUGAAAACAACAACAACAAUAAUAAUAAUAACAAGGUAGUUGACUUUGUAUAUUAUAAAAAUUUGCAUAAACAUCCCAUAAAGUUUGAAAAUGUUGGUACUAUAAGAUUGAAGUUGCCCCCAGAACAUAGAUUACCCGAAUGGUUUGUGAAAGGGCGAGACUUUUGGGAGAAAAACUAUAAACUGAUGAAUAAUGAAAGUCUGUGA